AUGGGGCAUCGACGCUUUCUUGAAGAUAAUCAUAGGUUUCGAAGGCAAACCAUAGCUUUUAAUGGUCGUCGAGAGCAUCGUAGUGCACCAAGGCAGUGGACUGGUUUACAAUGUCUCGAAGAACUUUCUACAUUGAGAUUUACUUUUGGAAAACCAAAGAAAAAUGCUUCAGUUGGGCAACGCAGAAAAAGAACUUCGAGCAGUACAAGUGGUAACAGUCAGUGGAAGAAGAAAAAUCUAUUUUUUUAUGAACUACCUUAUUGGAGGCAUCUAUUGAUUAGACACAAUCUUGAUGUUAUGCAUAUCGAGAAGAAUAUAUGUGACAGUGUGGUGGGAACAUUGCUAGGUAUAGAAAAGUCUAAAGAUGGAUUGGCUGCACGUGCAGAUCUUGAAGUCUUGAACAUAAGACGCAGUCAACACCCACGUAGAGAAGGAAAUAGAACAUUUCUACCUCCAGCUUUGUUCACGUUGAAAAGAGAAGAAAAAACUGCGUUUUGCAAUGUGUUGUCUACUAUUCGGGUCCCCGAUGGAUAUUCAUCAAAUUUAUCGCGAUGUGUGCACGUGAAUGAACGAAAAAUACAUGGGUUGAAAAGUCAUGAUUGCCAUGUUUUAAUACAGCAAUUACUCCCGCUUGCAAUACGCCCGGUUUUUCCUGAAGCUGUUACUAUGGUAUUAUUAGAGUUGAGUGCAAUUUUCAGACAGUUGUGUAGUAAGAAGGAGUCUGAGGAAGGAUUCAAGGAACUGAGUUCAAGAAUUGCCUUGACAUUAUGUCAACUUGAAAAAAUAUUUCCUCCUGCAUUUUUUGAUAUAAUGGUGCACCUUUCAGUUCACUUGGCAGAUGAAGCAGCUCUUGCAGGGCCUGUUCCCUAUAGAUGGAUGUAUCCAAUUGAACGGUAUUUGCAAACGUUGAAGCGAUAUGUUCGUAAUAAGGGUCGUCCUGAAGGUUCUAUUGCUGAAGCAUAUUUGGUGGAUGAGUGCUUGUCCUUCUGUUCCAUGUAUCUUAGAGGUGUUGAGUCUCGUCGUACCCGUAGAGGCCGAAAUGAAGAUGGUAUUGGACGUGGAGUGUCUGGUGGGUCAAUUUUUUACUCUAAAGGAUGUUAUAUGGGUUCAGGAGAACAUGUGGAGCUCGAUCUAAAUGCUCUUGAUCAGUGCCAUAGAUACAUUUUAAAUAAUUGUGAUGAAGUGAACCCAUUUAGAAGAUUUCGUAUAAAUUAUGUGGAUGAUAAACAUAAGAAUCAAAAUUGUGGUGUCUUUGUACCUGCAAAUGUUCCUGGAGCAAUCGGGCAAGUGAAUUGUUAUGGCAGAGUUGUGGAUAUGUUCGAGGUUAAAUAUUGUGGUCCUACUGAGGCAGGAGAUAGGGGUCGAGCUGUGAUGUUAUUUAAGUGCGAAUGGGUUAACAGUGAAAGUCCACGAGGAAUGAAGACCGAUCAAUAUGGAUUUACUAUGGUGAAUUUCAAUCAAUUGGGAUUUAAAGAGGAUCCUUUCAUACUAGCAUCACAAGCAUUACAAGCAUUUUACGUGGAGGACACAAUUGAAAAAGAUUGGCACGUAGUUGUUCGAACCCAGCCGAGGGAUUUGUUUGACGUACUAGAGGAUAGUGAUGCUAUUGAUGAUUAUGCCAUACUGAACUUGGAUGAUCGAAUUCUUGAUAAUGAAAAUUUUCAUACAAGGGUUGGCGUGGAAGAGACUCCUUUUCUUGAAUCAUUAGCGUUGCCUACCGAGUUCGUUAAUCAUGCCAAUGUCGACGAUGAGCUAACAGAUGAUGAUGGAGAAUAA